UGCUUGCCGGCGUCGGCCUUCCGUUCUCUUCUCUUCUUGUCAUAGUGAAGGUAGGACGUGGUGUGUUCAUUACUUGUAGUUUAAAUAGAGUUAAGUUAUUUAUAUUAGAUUUCUAAAUAUCUGUUGAAAAACAGGCAGUUCCGAUGGAGAACGGUGAAGAUUUUUCUAAAGAUGUGUCUGCUGAAGCUCAGCAAAACGGUUCAGGAGAUGCACAACCAACUGACAGUGGAAGUGCAGAUACGCCCGGUCGAGAUGACGAUAGAAAAUUGUUUGUUGGUGGCAUGAGUUGGGAAACUACAGAUAAGGAACUACGUGAACAUUUUGGUCAAUAUGGUGAAAUAGACAGUAUAAAUGUUAAAACAGACCCGAAUACAGGCAGAUCAAGAGGUUUUGCAUUUAUUGUAUUUACCACAACAGAAGCCAUUGACAAAGUAGUAGCUGCAGGCGAUCAUAUAAUUAAUGGAAAAAAAGUAGAUCCUAAGAAAGCCAAAGCGAGACACGGUAAAAUAUUUGUAGGAGGUUUAACGAACGAACUCACUGAUGAUGACAUUAAAAACUAUUUUGCACAGUUUGGAUCGAUAAUUGAAGUAGAAAUGCCAUUUGACAAACAGAAGAACCAAAGGAAAGGAUUCUGUUUUAUUACGUUUGAAUCUGAACAGGUUGUGAAUGAACUCUUGAAAUCUCCAAAACAGACCAUUAAAGACAAAGAGGUUGAUGUUAAAAAAGCAACACCUAAACCUGACCAGAUGGGAGGACCCAUGAUGAUGAGCCGUGGUAUGCGAGGCGGUCGUGGCGGCCCAAUGAGAGGCGGACGCGGAGGUAGAGGCGGUGGAUAUGGUAACCAAAAUUGGAAUCAAGCUUACAGUGGAUACGGUUACGGCCAAGGUUAUGGUUACGACGGAUACGGUCAAGGCUAUGACUAUUACGGAGGUGGCUACGGUGGUUACGGAAAUUACGACUACAACUACGACCAGGGAUAUGGUUAUGAUGGAGGAUAUGGUAGCGGUGGUGGUGGACGUAACGUUAAUACACGCGGAAAAGGUGGAGCUGGUGGUGGAUACCAAGGAAGUGGUGGUGGUAGUGGCGGCGCUGGUAAACCGCAAAGGGGAGGUGGACAACGCAACCAAAGGUUCCAACCCUAUCAGAAGUGAUAGGAUAAUAAAUACUAGGAUAGUUUUGUGAUUUAACAUUUUCCGCCCAAUUUUCCAAUCAUUCCAUUUCAUCGCGGCGCUUGGAAAAUACCGACAACGUACAAAAAAAUAUGUUUGAGUUCAACAUAAAAUGUCGAGAUUUUAUUCACUUUUGUUUCUCAUCUCUUUUGAUAUUUGAUUAGGAAAUGUUCAAAUUAGAAAAAAAAUUGUCUUCGAUAUUGAAUAAUAAUUACGGAGUCAGUCCGAUUUUCUUUUUGUAUUGUAUUUUGAUUUUAUUAUUUAAAUCUAGUAUGAUGUAAACAUAGGCUUAGGUUUAUGUAAUUUGUAUGAGUGGCGGAGGCGUUGUGUACUUCCAUUGUAUGACAAAAUUUAAUAAAUGGUAAAUUUUGUGUAAAUAUUUUUUCACUUUUUUUUUUCUAAUGCUGUGUACCUGUUUUUUUAUUUUAUAUAUUUAAAUAUAUUUUGAAUAUAAUUGACAACAUUCAUUUGUUUACUUGAAUCAAAUAAAGCAAUGGUUACACUAAC